CGAUGGCUCGAUCGGUGAAGACGGCAGUGAUCGGAGCCGGACCUGGUGGUUUGGUCGCCGCCAGGGAGCUCCGCCGCGAGGGCCACGAGGUCACCAUCUUCGAGAAGUCCACCCGCGUCGGCGGCACCUGGGUCUACGAUCCCACCACCGACUCCGAUCGGGUGGCCGUCCAUGGGAGCCUAUACUGCUCGCUGCGCACCAAUCUCCCUCGCCAGCUGAUGGGUUUCCUCGAUUACCCGUUUCCUGGGCCAUCGGAGAGCUUCGUCGAUCCCCGGGCGUUCCCGGUGCACGAGGAAGUGCUUGCUUUCCUUGAGGGUUUCGCGAGGGAUUUUGGGGUUUUGGAGAUGGUUCGGUUUGGUGCGGAGGUGGUUAGGGUUUGGUUGGAGGGGGAUGGCGGCGAGUGGAGCGUGGAGUGGAGGAAUGAGGAUGGAUCGGUGGCGGAGGAGAGGUUUGAGGCGGUUGUGGUCGCCAACGGGCAUUUCUCCGUGCCGAGAAUCCCUGAGAUUCCGGGCAUUGAUAAAUGGCGUGGCAAGCAAAUACACAGCCACAAUUAUCGCACUCCUGAGCCUUUUAGGGACCAGGUUGUGGUACUGAUUGGAAUGGGAGCUAGUGCCCUUGAUAUCUCUAGAGAAAUUUCAAAAGUAGUGAAGGAAGUGCAUAUAUCCUCAAGAGCCAAAGAUACUGUAGUUGGAAAGUUAGAUAACCAUAAUAAUAUUUGGCAACACAAAAUGGUAAAAUAUGUCCAUGAAGAUUGUGAAGUGGAAUUUGAUGAUGGUGCAUCACUUCAUGCUGAUUGUAUAUUCUAUUGCACAGGUUACAAGUACCAUUUCCCUUUCCUAGAAACAAAUGAGUUCAUAAGCAUUGAAGACAACCGAGUCGGACCUCUAUAUAAGCAUGUUUUCUCUCCCGCUGUGGCCCCUUGGCUUUCUUUUGUGGGAAUACCUAAUAAGCUGAUUAACCAUAAUGAAUCAAUUCUUGGUGAAGCUACCCAAUCUUUGGCAGUCAAAGACUUGAUCAUUUUGUGCUAUUAUGCCCAGGUGAUUUUUAACAUAACGUUACAGUUACAGUCCAAGUGGAUAGCUCAUGUUUUAUCAAGCAAAGUGGUGUUACCAUCAGAAAAGACCAUGAUGGCAUCAGUUGAAGCGUAUUAUCAGGAAUUAGAGCGAGUAGGGCGGCCUAAGCAUCAUACACACUUUCUUCAUCCCAAUGAGAUUGAAUAUCUGAAUUGGCUAACUUCUGUGGUCAGUUUGCCACCAAUAGAGGAAUGGAGGAUACAAAUGUAUCGUGCAGCUAUCGAGAGCCUCAAGUCUCACAAUGACGGGUAUCGGGACAACUGGGAUGCUGAAUAUUGGACAAAGAAAUCCAUCUCUGUCCUCUGAAAGGGAGCCAGAAUCCAAUGACAGCCCAUACAAGCAAUCAUACCUAAUGAAUUUACCACAAACCAGGAGCAACGAUGAUCUAUUUGGAAAGAGGAAGAUGGGUGUUAUUUUGUAUUUUACAAAUUUAUGUGAUGUUCAUAAAUGGGGGGCGUUUGUCAAUAGCUGCAUUGAAGCUUAUAUUAACACCUUCAAAACAUUGAGUUAACCUGGAAGAAAAAUCUCAAAACAUUGUGAGAGUCAACGGCCCAUUUGUGCUUAAGAUGUACUUAGUAUAGUAUAAUUAAGGAUGUUAAAGCCUUUCUCAUCAAACUGAUUCUCACGGGCUUAACUCUUAUUCCAUUUAUUUAACUCAUUUAACCUAUGCAAAAUGUUCUGAUUGGCAUAAAUAAAUAUUGGGGGAAGUUUAAAAAAAAUCUAUGUGGUUUUUGGGUUUUGCAA